CAAAGCGUGUCGCCAAUGUACGUGAUGAUAUUGACGUGAAGAUAUGCGAUAUGGUAUUUAAAGCAAAGCAGUUGAAAACUAGUCUCUCACCAGAUUGGAAGACAUUUUUAAGGUUUAAAAGCAGAACUGUCCUUACAAUAAUCUAACGCAAGGUUCGCCCGAACUAAUUGAGCGAUGGGAAACUGCCAUAUGGCAAGCGACAGGGAGGCCGUUGUUGUCUCAGGUGGAUGUUGCAUUCCUCGAACUCAGCAGUACAAAGCGGUUGCGGGCAAACGGAGUUGUCUGUGGGCCUGGGCUGGACUUACUAAAGUUGAUAGGUUAACCCUGGAUGUACUUACGUUUAAAAAGGUUUACAGGAAUGUCAAAACGGCGAGGGGUGACCAAGCUUCUGUCUCAAUCAUUGCCGAGGUACAAAUCAUGCAGGAUCUUCAACAUUUCGCAAGAGCAAGUGAUUACUUCCUGGGAAAAACCACAGAUGAAAUAUCUGAUGUUGUUCUUCAUGUUUUCGAGGCACAUCUUCGUGAUGUCUACGAACAGUUAAUUCUGAAAUGCAUCGAAGAAGAUGCAAACCAUUUUUCAGUAAAAGUACAGAAAGCAGCCACUCCGGACCUAUGGGAUCUGGGGGUGUUGAUUCAUAACUUUUUCAUCACGGACGUCACAAGGGAGGAUUUGUAAAAGUCGCAAUAGAACUCAAAGAAUGAUGGACAUUGAGAUCAAUGAAGUACAAUGUGUUGAGAACGAGGUUGACCACGGAGAGCUCGGCGAGUUUGCUAUUUGCCUCUCAGUUCCUAUGAGCUAUCUGUAAGGAACCAGCAACUAACACAUAAAGUAGAUUCUCUGUUUAGUUCCGGGUGUGGGAGGCACUAUCACAGAAAAGGACGUAUCAAAAUAACAGUUCCUUUAGAGAAAGAUAUAUGUAACUUUUCAAUAUCAAGUUAAGAAAGCCCUUCAAUAGAGCCGCCUGUCUCAGGCAUGCGUUGUUUCAUAUAUUCCCACCGUCGCCGGAUGUGAUAUAGCGACAGACUAUAUUGCAGGAAAGGAGGCCAAAUAUUUGACAGCAAACAGCGGAAGUGUAUAAGUUUGGCUGACGUACAAGAAUGCCAGUAUGCAUUGGAACCUCCCAAAGAACCUACCUUAAGUCACUUUUUGCACAAUCUAAUGGUAUCAUCAAACACGUUGCAUACAUCACAUUGCCUCACGUCUGAUUUGAACCUUGUUCACCAAUUUUCGGACGUUCAUGAUUCUCCUACGUAUUUUGAUGCACUCCAAGUCUGACCAAUUAUACAUACAGGGCGCAAUAGAAUCGAACUUGUAUUAAACAGUCAGUUCAGUGUCGAGGUUCCGAAUUUGUUUCCUCUUAAACACUGUUAUUUCCAACUCUAUUAAGUGGUCUUGGUCUCCCUUUAUUGAAUUCUUUUUAAUCCAACUUUUUUAAACGUUCAGUUCGGGCGAAGUCACUCAAAUAAAACAGCAUAAUCUUGCAAGUAAAAUUUAAUUUAUGUUUAUCUCCCCAAAUUUGCAUUUUUAAGCGAGGUUUUGAACAUUAAGUGGUUAAUUAUGGCAUAAAAUGGCGUUCUUACCGUUUCUUUUCUGUGUAACCUGUAUUGAGCAGUCACUCACCUAUUUACCGUGGGUGAAUCCUUAAUACAGGUUCGACUGCAUGUUCAAGUAGUUUUGUUAUUUCUGUCUAAUCCCAUUGAGAAAACAAGGGACAUUUUUUUACAAAGUUCAAAUUAACGGUGUUAUACUUUGUUCGUAAGAAACACUUUGCCCAGCUUUUCUUACUCAAGGUUAGCGACUUGUUCGAUAAAUGUUCGAUAUGCUACACGAAUGUGUAGCAUUAACCAGUUGGUUACAAGUGCCUACAUGACAUACUAUUCAUGUAAAAUUUGAAUAAAUGGUUUUAUCAUCAAUACUUACAUGGGAUUGUCAGAACUACUUAUCAAACCAAUUCCAAGUGCCUUUUGUGAUGUUUACUCUUAACAUGUUUGUGUACCCAGAUCCUCUCAGUACAGUAUACUACGCCAGACUACAGGCGUUUAUACGGUUGAGCUUCUCAGUUUAAUUCCGCAUGAAGAACACUGACAGUUGCUUAUUUAAUUCCACGUGAGGAACACUUACAGUUGCUAAAUUUAGCGCCUCCUCGCCUACGCCUACUCGAUUUUCCUGUUCUGUUCGACAUUAUUCUAGCGUUCCUAACUCUAGACCAGCCAUCUCAACCGCAUAUUCGAUACCAGCGCAACUCGGAAAGGCCAACCAUUUUACCUUAGCUUUUAUUCAAAGUAAACAUACCAGGUGCAACAUGAUACCCAUUUAUCGCGAUUGGAUGUGUUGUUCUCUUUUCGCAGCAAAACCUCAAAAUAUCUAGUCAAUAAUGUUCUCCCGACAAUCGAAGUAAUAACCAGCUUUGAGAAGUUAAAAUCUUUAGAAAAGAACCUAUUAAAAUUUCAAUCAGUUACCUCGUUUUCCUAUUAGGGCUGUACUAUGGAAACUGAAUAGUUUUAGUCUGCUAGAUAAGUUUCACUCGGCCUAUCUACGUGGCAACGGAUAAAGAUCUGAUCUUUGUGUCGCUCUGUAGUGUAUUUCGGUACAUACGGUCACAUAGCGUUACCACUGUAAGGAACUUUUAAUCAUGCCGUAAGUCUAAUAUCCUAAGUAAAGGUAAAAUAACUGAUUACGAGUAUUGUACGGUAAAUAUAUCAUCUUGAUUACUGAAUAAAGUACAGUUGAAUUA